CGCCGAGUGCUCGCAAGCCGUGAAGCAUCGCGCACCCUGUGCCCGCGCCUUUCCGCGCGCCCGCCCGCUCGCGGGUUUGGGUCGGCCGCGCGCCGCUCGCUGAGCAUCCUUCCGGCCGCGCACCUGCCCCGCGCACCUGCAGCCAGCUGCUCGGCGCUCGGCGCAGCGCUCACGAUCUGCUUGCUCAGGCAGGUCCCGGCCCUGCCUGCGUGUCCGCUCCGCGCCGCAGCCGGAGCCGGGCGCAGCGCUGCAGAGGGCGAGGGCCGCCCGGAGCGUGGCCCGGGCCGGCGCGGCGAUGAUGAACAGAUUCCGAAAGUGGCUGUAUAAACCCAAGAGGUCAGACCCACAGCUGCUGGCCCAGUUCUACUAUGCCGAUGAGGAGCUGAACCAGGUGGCUGCAGAGCUAGACAGCCUGGAUGGGCGGAAGGAGCCCCAGAGGUGCACACUGCUUGUCAGCCAGUUCCGCUCCUGUCAGGACAAUGUGUUAAACAUCAUUAAUCAGAUCAUGGAGGAGUGUAUCCCCCAGGACCGAGCCCCUCGGGAUUUCUGCGUCAAGUUUCCAGAGGAGAUCCGGCACGACAACUUGGCUGGCCAGCUGUGGUUCGGGGCUGAGUGCCUGGCAGCUGGCUCCAUCAUCAUGAAUCGUGAGCUGGAGAGCAUGGCCAUGCGGCCGCUGGCCAAGGAGCUGACGCGCAGCCUGGAGGAUGUGCGGGGCGCUCUCCGUGACCAGGCACUACGAGACCUCAACACCUACACGGAGAAGAUGCGGGAGGCGCUGAGACGCUUUGAUGUUCUGUUUGCCGAGUUUGAACUGAGCUAUGUCUCAGCCAUGGUGCCAGUGAAGUCCCCCAGGGAGUACUAUGUGCAGCAGGAGGUCAUCGUGCUGUUCUGUGAGACGGUGGAGAGAGCCUUGGAGUUUGGGUAUCUGACCCAGGACAUGAUUGACGACUAUGAGCCUGCUCUCAUGUUCACCAUUCCUCGGCUGGCCAUUGUGUGUGGCCUUGUGGUCUAUGCAGAUGGACCCCUGAACUUGGACCGAAAGGUGGAGGACAUGUCUGAGCUGUUCCGGCCCUUCCACACGUUGCUGCGGAAAAUAAGGGAUCUGCUGCAGGCACUGACUGAGGAGGAGCUGCACACCCUGGAGCGGAGCCUCUGCGUGUCUCAGGAUGUGGAGCUCCCUAUCCGGGCAGACACCCAGGCACCCAGUGCCCUGGCACCCACCUUUUCUGCAUCCCUUCCCCCCGAGGAGACACUUUCCGCCAGUGCCAAUAACCCAGAGGAAGAGCUGGCCUGCUCGAUGCAGUAUGAUGACCAGGAGCUGGAGGAGCUCAGCCGCAUGGUCCACAGGGCCGGGGAUGAGAUGUCUUCUCUGCUUUCACCGCCCAGUGCCUGCCAGUCCCCAGCCCAUAGGCCAGGCUCAGAGGCUAGCCCUCGAGGAGAGGCCUCUCCAGCCAGAGCCCAGCUGAAGCCGGGCAGCGAUGAGGAGGAAAGGGUGUUCUUCAUGGAUGAUGUGGAGGUGACAGAGUCUCCUGCCAGGCCCGAAUCCCCGAGGAACACAUUUGAGUUGCCGCAGGGUAAUGUCCAGCAGAGAGGACAGGAUGGCCAGAGUGGAGAGGUGGGGGUUGGGGCACGUGAUCUGGUAAAGGAGGAAGACUGGAGCAACAACAACAUUGAAGGUGACAAGAUAAAGCUGGCCAGCCUCGCGGGCUCCACUUCCUGCAGCUGCCUAGACUCACAGCUAUACCUGGAUGGCUGGGAGGUGAGCGCAGAGGAUGCCGAGACUGCAGAAAUGAUUGCACACCGGACCGGGGGGAUGAAGCUGUCGGCCACAGUCAUCUUCAACCCCAAGUCUCCAACCUCCUUGGACUCAGCUGCGGCAAGCCAAGAAGUCCCGGGCCAUAGCAUUUCCCCUUUGGAGCCCAGGGCCGAGGGGACAGGGGACAAUACACACAAACUCAGCACUACAGCCACCAACUGCCUCCUCCACUCCUGUGUGUGCUGUGGCAGCUGUGGGGACAGCAGGGAGGAUGCCGUAGAGCGCCUACGGGAGAAGUGUGGCCCAGGAAGUGUCAUCAGUGCCUCUAACCCUUCUGUAAGCUUAGCCAAGGGUGGUGACAAAGAGCCUGAGAGACUAGAGGAGGCCCAGCCUUCUGAUGUCACCCUGCCUGCAGAAGAUGCCUCCAGUAGGCAGGAGCCCAAAGUCCCUGCUUCCAACAAGUGCCUGGCACACCCCUCAGGGCCUCAGGUGGACACCGCAAGCAGGUUGCAAGGAGAGAGUGAGCUCAAAGGCCAGCCAGAACCAGAGGCCAGAAAGCAGGACUCUGAGAAGUCUCCUGUGGUCAGUGGGGACAGUCCAAGAGGGGACACGGCCCAGACAGAACCCCAGCACCUGUUGGGCUCCAGCUCCACGACUGGUUCCUGCUCCUUAGACAACACCAGGUUGGAGGUGGCCACUGCAGUCAUGCCUGUCACCCCCAUGGCCACCAGAGAGAAGAUCCGGUCCAGGUUCCAUGGCAGCCAUGACCUGAUCCACCGCCUGUUUGUCUGCAUUUCAGGUGUAGCUGACCAGCUGCAGACGAACUAUGCUAGCGACCUAAGAAGUAUUCUCAAAACACUGUUUGAGGUCAUGGCCACCAAGCCAGAAACAGAUGACAAAGAGAAGCUAAAGAAGGUAACCCAGAGCCUGAGGAGCGCGGCCUUGGAAGACUGUGCAUUGUGCCAGGAGACUGUGUCAUCCUCAGAACUGGCAGCCAAGACCCGAGAUGGGGACUUUGAAGACCCUCCCGAGUGGGUGCCAGAUGAGGCCUGUGGCUUCUGCACCUCCUGUAAAGCUCCCUUCACCGUCAUCCGCAGGAAGCACCACUGUCGCAGCUGUGGUAAGAUCUUCUGUUCCCGCUGCUCAUCACACUCAGCACCACUUCCGCGCUAUGGCCAGGUGAAGCCUGUCCGAGUGUGCACACAUUGCUACAUGUUCCACGUCACGCCCUUCUACAGUGACAAGACGGGCAUGUGACGCUGUGCCUGGCAUGUCCCAGCUGAACAGGCUGCCUAGGGUCCUGUCCAGGGUCUCCAGGAAGGAGGUGCUGUGCCUGCUGUGCGCCCUGGCCAGGCCGUGCUGCCGGAGGGAGGGCCUCAUUGCAUCUCAUCAAGCCUGGGCUGCUGCAGGCCUGCCCGGCUUCCAGGAUGUCCAGCCUGUCUGCUCUCCCUGGCCCCUCCACUGUGGAGACACCAGUCCUGGCGUGGGCCAAUGAGAGGUCAGCUUUAUUCAGAGGAGGGACCCGGGGAUGGCCAGUUGCUGCUUGCAGGUCGAGUUACCUGGCCGGCAGGGUUGAACUUCUCUUGCCUAUCCAAUGGCCCUUUGCUCCAGCUGUGCAUACCAAGGUGGGAGAGGGCCAAUUUUGUGUGUUCUCUUCUGGAGCCAAGAAUCUGGAAGCAGAAGCCAGGGGGCGCUAGGUCUCAAUGCCACAGCAGGACUCCCUGCUGUUUACCACACACCUCAUUCCCUGGGGCUCACACCUGCCUCAGACCCUCCUCAGCUAUACACAUCAUUUCUUUUUGAAGGGGGAAAAAUAGGAAGCAGACACAGCGGUCUCCAGGGAGAGGGGCAGGCUCUUGGCAUCUAUACCAUUGCCACUUGCUGGCUGAGCAGGGGCUGGCCACCCACUGAUACUAUAGGCCAAGCGAGCUCUCAGGUGUUUGGGACUGGACCCAUCAGGCAGCUUGGCUAACAUUCCCUUCUUCCUCUGCACCCACCGGGACUCUAACCCACUUCCUCAGACCUCAGUGCAGCCUGGACAGGCUGAGACGCACAGACACCUCCUCAGGCUUCAAUCUCAGGCUUCACGUUGCAAUGAUGAUUACAGUUUUAUUUUUAGAGAGAUGACACACCUACUGCUUCUUUUAUAGGAUGAAAUCCAAUCGCUGUUCAGCAGUGGAAUACACACGCACAAAAAUGGCUUCUGUGCAGGGGUGGGGGGAGAGUAUAUAACAGAGGGAAUAUUAUGUAUUGAGAUUAUUUUUAUUUUCUAAAUGCUGUUAAUUCGAAACCAUUUCCAUAAAUCUAUUUAAGGAUUGCA